AUGGCAAGAGCUUCGUCUUUGAUCCGACAUGGGUCUUUUACUCCAGAAUUCGAUGAUUUGGUAUCCAAGACCAUGCGUCGAUGGAAAGUCCCGGGGCUAUCAAUCGCUGUAAUCGACAACGACACUGUCCUUUCAAAAGGAUAUGGUUACAGUCGUUAUCCUGGCAAGCCAGUUAAUCCAAGUACGCUGUUCAACGCAGCAAGUAUGGCGAAAGCAUUCACGGCGACUGCAGUCUCUUUACUCGUCGACGAUGACGAACGCUUCCCCCAUGUGAAAUGGACGACUGCUGUCGCGAGUUUGAUUGGAGAUGAUUUCGUACUGUCGGACAACAGGACCGAUCAAAUCACUGUUGAGGAUAUUCUCUCGCAUCGGACUGGAUUGCCACCUUGUGACGAUGCUUGCUAUGGAAUCAAUGCCAAAGUCUCCGAUACGCCCAAAUCAGUAACAAGAAAGCUUCGCCAUCUCCCCCGGAGUCGGCCCAUCCGCACGACAUACCAAUACAGCAACGUCAUGUUCGCAGUAGCUGCCCAUCUCGUGGAAACCCUUACAGGCCAGCAUCUUGAAGACUUCCUACGUGAGAAGAUCUGGGAUCCUCUGAAGAUGAAUAAUACUUUCUAUGCAGGAGAAGACCUGGAACAACGCCAAGGUACUCGAGACAUGGCCACCGGCUAUGGAUAUGACAAGGAGAAGAAGGAGUAUUUCGAGAUUCCUUGGCCUGUUCAACCUGAAGGAAGGGGUGCUGGAGAGAUAAUUAGCAGUGCCCUUGAUUAUGCAGAAUUUCUGAAAUGCAUGAUCAACAAGACCGAACCAAUAUCAGAAAAGGGGCACGAGGAGCUGGUCAAGCCACGGAUCGUGACGGACGAAACGUUGAAGCCCUAUAUGAGUCACGUAUGCUACUCCCUGGGUUUUGAGACAUUCAGUUAUCACGGUGAAUUGAUCAUUGGUCACGAUGGAGCCACAGAUGGAUUUACCAGCAAGAUGAUAUUCAUACCUCGUCUCAAAUGGGGAUUUGUUUCGUUCGCCAAUUUUCAGGACGGAUAUGAGGCACAGCAGAAAAUAUGCUGGGCUUUGGUCUACGACUUAUUGAGCAUUUCUCUAGACAAGCAACUUGACUGGGACGAGCAUUUUCAGAGGGAGCAUGAUGAGAACCACCCCGACACUAAAGAAGAUCGAUAUCUGUACCCAAAGCUGCCAGAACCUCCAUUGCCGACGACUUUGGAAUUGUCUGCGUAUGUCGGAGAGUACUGUCACCCUGGAUGGGGAACUCAUAUCGUCGAUUUCAAGGAUGGAAAGCUGCAAAUCGACUGUAGGGAUCGAACAUGGAAGUACAUCUUAACGCUCGUGCAUGCCUCUGGCGAGUUCUUCGUGGCUGCUGUGAGAAUGCUUGAUGUGCGCGAGAAGUUCAAUCUCAGAGCAGAAUUCAGGAUAGGUCCUGAUGGUGGAGUAGGCGCUCUAGGGAUUGAGUACAUUGAAGAGCUGGGUGGAGAGAAAAUAUGGUUCGAUCGGGUGUAG